CAACUAGCCAUCUACACACAUCAAGAACAAAGCUGAGUUUAGACAUAUCAAGAACAAAACUGAGUUUUCUUACAUAUAGACGACACGACAGACACACAGCCAUAAAAGGAAGAAAUGGAGCUCUGGGUUCGGGUUUUCAUCCUCGUAGCAUGUUUGCUUCCGGCUGUUGUCCAAUGCAAAGUUCGCCAUUACCAGUUUAAUGUGGUGAUGAAAAACACAACUCGCCUGUGUUCAACAAAAUCCAUCGUCACCGUUAAUGGGAAAUUCCCAGGUCCCACCAUCUAUGCGAGGGAAGAUGAUACCGUACUCAUCAGGGUCAUCAAUCGUGUGAAAUAUAACGUCUCCAUCCACUGGCAUGGAGUGAGGCAACUCCGAACAGGGUGGGCAGACGGACCAGCAUAUAUUACGCAAUGCCCCAUUCAACCAGGGCAUAGCUAUGUGUACAACUUUACCAUCACAGGCCAACGGGGCACGCUCCUCUGGCACGCACAUAUUCUAUGGCUGAGGGCCACCCUACAUGGCGCCCUCGUCAUCUUACCUAAGCUAGGUGUCCCAUAUCCCUUCCCGAAACCCGACCACGAAGCUGUUGUCGUCUUAGGUGAAUGGUGGAAAUCCGACACUGAAGCUGUCAUCAACGAGGCUCUGAAAUCGGGCCUGGCGCCAAAUGUAUCUGAUGCUCACACUAUCAAUGGCCAUCCAGGGCCCGUCUCAAACUGUCCCUCCACGGGUGGUGGCUUCACAUUAAAUGUGUCGCCGGGGAAAACCUACAUGCUUCGCCUGAUCAAUGCUGCACUCAAUGAAGAACUCUUCUUCAAGAUCGCCGGCCACAAAUUGACUGUAGUAGAAGUGGACGCCACAUACGUUAAGCCCUUCAAAACAGAUACAGUCCUGAUCGCCCCCGGCCAGACCACCAACGUGAUUGUGGUGGCCGAUCAGGGUGCCGGCAAGUACAUGCUGGCAGCAUCCCCAUUCCUGGACACGCCAAUUGUGGCGGUCGACAACAUGACAGCCACCGCCACAUUGCACUACUCAGGCACACUUGCAAGUUCUCCGACGACAUUCACAAGCACACCUGCCAGAAACGCAACCCCGGUUGCCAACAAUUUCGUAAACUCCCUCAGGAGUUUGAAUUCCAAGAAAUAUCCUGCAAAAGUCCCACAAAAAGUUGACCAUUCUCUUUUCUUCACUGUUGGGCUUGGGAUCAAUCCCUGCCCAUCUUGUAAAGCAGGAAACGGAAGCCGUGCAGUGGCAAGUAUAAACAAUGUCACCUUUGUGAUGCCUACAAUUGCUCUUCUGCAAGCACAUGUUCUCAAGAUCAAGGGAGUUUUCACCACUGAUUUUCCAGCAAACCCGCCUUUCGCUUUCAAUUACACGGGCACCCCGCCGGCUAAUUUAGCGACCACGACAGGGACAAAGGUUUACAAGUUGCCGUACAAUUCCACGGUUCAGGUGGUUUUACAAGAUACUGGAAUCAUUGCUCCUGAAAACCAUCCUGUUCAUCUGCAUGGAUUCAAUUUCUUUGCAGUUGGCAGGGGAUUGGGCAAUUUCAAUCCAAAAACAGACCCUAAGAACUUCAAUCUUAUUGAUCCUGUGGAGAGGAACACAAUUGGAGUGCCAUCAGGUGGAUGGGUAGCCAUCAGAUUCCUAGCAGAUAAUCCAGGAGUUUGGUUUAUGCAUUGCCAUUUGGAAGUGCACACGACAUGGGGUCUCAAAAUGGCAUUCUUGGUGGAAAAUGGAAAUGGCCCCAAUGAGUCUAUUUUACCACCACCGAAAGAUCUGCCCAAAUGUUGAAUGUGAAAUACAGAUUCCCCCUUUUCUUUUUCCCUGAUCAAAACUUGUUAUUUGUUUUUUUUUUUUUUUUUCUUUUUGGGGAGUGUGGAGAGUAUUUUCAAGCCAAGAAAGGAUUCAAACACAAAGAUAUCAAACAAGACAUAUGAAGCCAAAAGGAGAGAGAGAAAAAAGAAUAGAAACUAGUACGAGUGCUCACUGCACACAGCACUGUUUGUUUCUUGAGUAAAGAAAAUUUUGCUCAAGCUGACCAAGUAAAUAAUUAUACAUUGCUUGUGAGUUUAUAUAAAUAUGUUCUGCAAGAUUUCACAAUGAUAAA